AUGAUUUGGCUGCCUCUGCUUGCAUCCUCUCUCAUUUUUAGAGAGGUGUGUGCUAUUCCCUCGUUUGAUGGAACAGUUAUUCCCGUCCUCCAUUCACGGUCUUCAUGCUCAGGCAAUACUGCUACCACACGAGAUGAGUGGUGCGACUAUGAUAUCUCGACAGACUACUACAAUGAGGUCCCAGACACUGGCGUCACUCGGGAGUACUGGCUCGAGCUUACCGACGUUACAGUAGCGCCGGACGGUGUCUCACGCUCUGCGCAGGCGAUCAACGGAAGUAUUCCUGGUCCUACGCUCUUUGCCGAUUGGGGAGAUACUGUGGUCGUCCAUGUCACCAAUACACUCUCGACUAGUAGCAAUGGCACCAGCCUCCACUUCCAUGGUAUUCGUCAGAACUUUACGAACCAGAAUGAUGGAGUUGUUAGCAUCACUCAAUGUCCCACCCCUCCUGGUAGCAGCAUCACCUACACCUGGAGGGCCACUCAGUAUGGAACCACAUGGUACCACUCUCACUUUGCCUUGCAAGCAUGGGAGGGAGUCUUUGGAGGCAUUAUCAUCAACGGCCCAUCUAGUGCCAACUACGAUGAGGAUUUAGGUGUUAUGUUUCUGAACGACUGGAGUCACCAGACGGUUGAUGAGUUGUACGAGUCAGCAGAGACGAGCGGACCACCUACACUAACGACGGGUCUCAUCAAUGGCACGAACGUCUACGAUACUACCGGUCACCGUUUUAACACAUCAUUUACGGAGGGGACGACAUAUCGACUGCGUCUUGUCAACGCUGCCAUUGACUCACACUUCAAAUUCUCUAUUGAUAACCACACCAUGCAAGUGAUUGCCGCCGACCUCGUCCCUAUUACACCUUUCAAUACCAGCAUCCUAAGCAUUGGCAUGGGGCAGCGAUAUGAUGUUAUCAUCACAGCCAAUCAAUCUUCCGUUGCCGAAAACUUCUGGAUGCGGGCCAUCCCACAAAGCGCUUGCUCGUCUAACGAUAACUCAGAUGAUAUCAGGGGUAUUGUCUACUACGGCGACAGCGCAAGCACACCUGAGACAACCGGAUAUUCGUAUAUAGACAGCUGCGCCGACGAAGAUACGUCUAACCUCGUUCCUUAUGUCUCUAAAACAGUUUCCAGCCAGACUGAGACCGAGGACGAGUCGGUAACGGUGGGCAAGAAUAGUAACAACCUAUUCAAAUGGUACUUGAAUAGUACAACCAUGGUGGUUGACUGGGAGAAUCCCACUGUGUUGCAGGUAUACGACGGCGCCACAGCCUUUAACACGUCCAAUGCUGUGAUCUCGUUGCCUGACGCCGGCCAAUGGGUUUAUACCGUUAUUAGUACGACGAUGCCGGUUCCGCACCCAAUCCAUUUGCAUGGCUUCGAUUUCUAUAUCCUGGCUCAGGGCACGGGUACGUAUAGCGACAGCGUGACGCUCAACAUGGAUAAUCCUCCGCGUCGUGACGUGGCUAUGCUCCCAGCAUCAGGCUAUAUCGUGCUCGCCUUUGAGACGGACAAUCCAGGAGCCUGGCUUAUGCACUGUCACAUUGGGUGGCACACAAGUGAAGGAUUCGGCCUCCAAUGGGUGGUGCGCGAGUCUGAGAUUGCUGACCUUAUCGACUACGAGUCACUCAAUGCGACAUGUGCAGCGUGGAAAACAUAUGCGUCAGACAACAGUGUUACUGAGGAUGAUUCAGGAAUAUAA